UGUGCAUAGACGCGGAAGGAUUCGCAAUCUGAGAAGCAAAUCACGGCCUCAAGCGUCGAUCACGAGAGCGAAGAGUACAUGGGUGCACCAGUUACCAGCACAUUAAACGGGGCCAAAGAACCCACAGGCGAAGACACCAUAAGCACAGUGCACCUGGAUGGAGCGAAGAGUGAUAGUGGACAAAUAACCAGCACAAGCAGCGCGAAAACUAAUAGCGAGCGGUUACGGAAUGAUGCGUGUAUUGUCAGGCUGCCUCUGAUAUCAGGAGGUGCACGGAACAGUGUGAGCAUCGAGGGGACUACGGUGGGGGCCAUAAGCUCUGCCCUGAAAGAGAAGGAAAAGGACCGGCAGGACGAUACAAAGGUGGUGCAAGUUAAGAUGCAGCAACGGCAGCAGCAACUACAACAACAACAGCAAACGAAGAAGCGGGACAGGCCGUGUUGGAGUCCACGGGUAUUCCUCAAAUAAAUAAAUGAAUAAUCAGCGGAGAAG